GUAGAGCCUUCCUCCUCUUUCCUCUGUGUUAAAUGUGUCUGCAAUCAGAGAGGAUUUAUUGUUGAUUCAAAGGACAGGCAACCCCAGUCAUGGCUUACUGGAAUACUUCACUUCUCCUUGGCUACAUCAUCUUUUGGAAUAUUAUUAGUCCAUGUGUUGCUUUUCCAACAGGAGCCCCAGCAACAGCCUGUGAGAAUAUGAUGCCUGUGCAUAUGGGGGUCCAUCCCCAGCCAAGCCCAGCCCCCUAUGAGGUCCAGAUUGAUGCACCUUCUUUCGUGAACAGGCAGAUGAUUAAUGUUCAGAUUGUAGGGCCAGGAUACAGAGGCUUGUUGCUGGAAGCUCGCACCUUUGGCUCCACUGCUGCACUCGGCAGUUGGCAGAAUCCUGCCAAUAACACUAAGUUCUUACAGUGCUCUGGAAACCCAAAAGGUGCAAUUACUCAUUCGAACACUGAGUUAAAAACAAGCCUCUCUACUUAUACCUGGCUGCCCCCGAACUCUGGCUGCCUCCCAGUCAUUACAUUCAUAGCAACUGUAGCACAGUCUCGUGAAAUUUACUGGCUUGGUGUCAAAUCCAAAGUGAUGUGGAGAGAUUCUAAAGCUACGUGUGCUGCUGGGAAGUUUACAUGGACAAUAACUAUUGUAACACUGGUGCCUUUCCACUUACUGCUUUUGCCAAGCUUCUUAUAUUAAGUGUUGGAGUUUAAGAGGAUCUAGUCAAUGGAUAAGGAACAAAUACAGACCCCAUAUACAAUCACUGCAUUUGAUUCUGCCAUGAAGUGAAUUCCGGAAGCCUAAGACCAUUGUUUAUACACAAGUUAUACUGGUUUUUAAACUAUACCAUAAUAGUUAAAGUAAUACAACCCUCUACUAUGCAGGUAUGCUGGUACAUCUUCCUACAGGAAUAUUAUACCCAUAUAACAAUGUCCUCUCUAGGGGGUAGAACCCUCACAACCCUAACCAGUGCACUUUUAAUGUUAUUUGAUGUGUGUGUAGACUAAGACUAAAGAUGUGUAACACAAAGGCAAUGAGAGAGCAGCUAAAAUUGAUUUGAAAAAAAAAUUAGUGCCAUGACUUCAACUCCAUUCUAAAUUAGAACAUAUACAAGAUCACCACUUUUACUUUGUAUCAGGAAUGAUAUAUCCGGACACUGUAUCAAUAUUAUUGUAUUAAUACAAUGAGUACAGCUAGGGCAUCUCUGGUCCAGCACCCUCAGGACCUGAGCAGUCCUGAACCACGGAGCUGCUGUACCAGGGGAGAUCAAGGCUCCCCACUAUGCUGACCAGCCCCGCACUCCCUGCCAGCCACAGAUUUUGCCAGACCAGAGUGUCCUGGAUUUUAGAGGUUCAACAUCUAGUACAAAACAUCUAUAGAAUUAACAGGCAAUGACUUGCUGCUAUAAUAUCAUUAUUCCUCAGUUAUUUUAUCCUAUCUAAAUAGGCACUGUAUUCACUUCUGGUUCAAGCUAAUGAUACAUUAACAGUAAGAAGCAGAGAGACACUCAAAUUUCUCAAAAGGCAGGUCAUUUCAUUAAGUAAUCCCUAUAUUGCUACUACUCUUUGCAACCUCUCAGUUUUGAGAAGGGUAAUGUUCCCUUUAAAAGCAUCAUCUCCUGCUGUCAUGUUAUAACAGCUUUGUAACAAAGACGACAUUAAGGCUUAGCAUUGCUCAUUGCAAGCUAAUAUCAUGAGGGUGCACACAACCUAUUCAAUAAAUGGUUAUUUCUGCUAUUUAGAGCAGCUUAGUAGUCUUAGUUUAUCUGCAGUUACACAGCUUACUGAAAAUAACAGGUAUAUAAAUAAGAUAUUUAUUUCCUUGUGUGAAAGUAGACUGAAUUAUAAAGUAGAAUGAAUUAAAGAAAUGUUUGUUCCUUUAGCAGGAAGAGAGAUGUUAAGGUAAAGUUGUUUGUGUGCAAGCAGGAA